AUGCACCGCGAUACAGCCACAAACCAACAUGCGCACAACGCGAGUUCGCCUUUCACCUCACCUCCGAGCUCCGCGAGGGGCCUUUUCUCCCCUGCUCGUCGCCCUCCUCCUCUGACAACUUCCGCCAUGGGUCAGGCGGAGAGCUCUCUCACCAACUCAGAGCAGCAGCAGCACCAGCUGCCACCUCCGCCUUCACCACAACCGACUAGCAAAUUGAGGUUUGGAUGGCCUGGCCGGAGGAAAAAGUCAGAGGACUUGACAAAGAUCAUGGGCGCACCGACGGUAGCAUCCACGCCGUCGCCAUUGGCUGCGCCACCGCCGCCUCCCAGCGCUAUGGGCAACACUACAAGAGGACGGGAGCUUAGCCGAACAGAAACCAACGUGUCCUCGGUCGACAGCCAUUCUGGGCUUCACCUGCAUGAUCUCUCUCGGCCUCCCUCCCGAACAUCCUCUGCGAAACAGCUCACGUUUCAAUUCGCCUCGAAUACACUCACCGCGCUCAAGGGAAAAUUGAACGCUUCUCAGGCGUCUAUUCAUUCGCUUCGCACGGCAGCGACUUCGCCUACCACGCCCCCGCCGCCUCUGCCGCCAAAGCCCGACUUGUCCCGACUAUCUUCCGCAACAUCUUCACAUAGCGAAUCUUCUUCAGGAGACUGGGUUGCAUUGGAUCGGAGCAGCAAGCCGCUUCCGCCGUUCUCGACCACGGACAUGUCGGCUCCCGUCACGCAGGCCGAAGCACAGCAGGAGAUGGUCCCUACGGUAACAGAAGCAUCAGUAGCAUCAGUAGGGCAUGACGUCAACGUGCCUCUGCGCAGAGAACGAGAACGCCGCGAAGAUGCUGAUACGCAGACGGCGAAGGACAUCGCCGACGACUGGCGCAAGAGCGAUUCGACGUUGCGGACCGUGCGCCUUGUUGGUUCUCGCACGCCACGACCGCUUUCCCUCGCUGAAUCAACAAACUCCGGCCACACUGUUCUCCCGUCCGUGGGUGCAGGCUCACCAGCUGGAAAUAUGAAUAUGGGCGCAGGCAAGCGCCUUAGCGCACUCAUGACUGAUGCCGAUUUUGGUCUCCCAGAGGUUGAUAGCGAAGAGGAUGAGGACGAUGAGGACGAGCUCCCAUUCGCUUCUGCGCCACCAUCAGCCUUCAACAACUCGGCUCAUAGUCUCCAACAGUACCAGCAGCAACAGCAACGACAACAAAGCCCGGGUCAUUCUAGCUCGCGUUCCUCUUCUCCCGCGUCUGCACCCGGCUGUCAGCCACAAACUGCACCCAGACGUGGUUCCCUCUCCAUCCGGAUCGGCCGAUUGUCAGGCUCCAAGGCUCGCACGUCUGAGCAUGGCCACAUGAGCGGUUCUGAAUCCGAAGCACUCUCGUCGUCCGUGUCAACUCGCGAUACUGGUAUGGGUGUACUCACAGCGAACUCUUCGACUACUUCUGUCUCGUCUUCCUCGCCAGGCGCGAGUACGAAGGACUCACGACCUUCGAUUGAGAUUGCGUCGUCAGCGAGCAUCGCAUCCAGUAUGAGCUCGGAGCAACGUCCGCAUCAGUAUGCGCAGUACAAAGCUAAUUCGAAGCUCGAUCCGUGGAUUGCUCUGUCGUCUAACAACAACACUGCAUCACAGUCGCAGGCGUCGCUGUCGACUUCUGAGUCUGUGUCUACGGGCUCGGUUACAGGAAGCAUCAAUCAGAACGCGGAUGCUCAAAAGGGUGGCCAUCCUCCUGUGAGCUUGAACACAUCUAACGGCUCGACGCUGCGUCCUGCACACCAGCGCACUCGCCUACAGAGUAUCCAGGCUCGUGGAUUCCGACAGACAGCGGUAAGUCUGAGCGCGGGGCUGGCGCCUGCAGCUGGUUUUGCACGAAAAGCGGUCGAUAAAUUGGGCCGUGCAUUAGGUGGAAGCUCGUCUAGCCUUUCAAACUCGGACGCACACGAGAUGCCGGCUGGAGCUUGCAGUAGCUCUAGCCAUACGUCGUCAGCAUCGACCCCGAAUGUACACGGGCAGUCGCAGCAUGGACAGCACCAUCGUCAACAUGGGCAUGGACAUUUACCGGCUCAGCAUCCUCCGUCGAGUGCGAAGAAGGCUAUGCGUAGACACGGGGCGAGUCCUUCGGGUACUUGGUCUAUCAACUCGAAUACCAACUCGCACUCUGCGUCGCUGUCUGACACGGAUGGGCCAUCAGGACCAAACCUCGGUCGAUGCUUACGCAGACCGCUUAUGGGUCUUAAUAAUGGGAAAGGUCUGGCUUUUGGAAGAGAACUUGAGCUCUGUGUACAAGAUACAGCUUGUGAAGCUGGCGUCGACUGUAGUGCAGACGGAAUUGAUCUUGAGGGUAGGAGUUUACCAGCACUUGUGGUGCGAUGUGCGCAGCACAUCGUCAAGUGGGGUGUUCAAGAAGAGGGUCUCUUCCGAAUUUCAGGUCGGUCAACUCAUGUCUCGAAGCUCCGUGCAGAGUUUGACUCCGGCGCGGACUACGAUCUGCGUGAGUGCGGACCUGGCGAGAUCGACCCGCAUGCGGUGUCGUCGAUCUUGAAGGCUUAUUUACGCGAACUUCCAGAACCGUUGUUGACACGCCAUCUGAUGCCGUAUUUUGAGGCUGCGCUGGCAGCUGAGAACAAUAUGAACAAAGCGAAUGAUGCGCAGGCUUCCGGAGAAGGACGUAGUGGCAGUGGCAUUGAGCGCGUUCGAGGACCUGGUCUACCAUCCGGUCCGCGCGAUAGCGUCCAAGUACGCAAAGCACCGUCCCUCUCGACGUUCGCAGUCCCCGCGCUUUCUCAACGCACGAUAUCAGCGACGUUGUUGAACGCGCUUUCAGUGCUCAUUGCUCGUUUACCCAAGGAGAAUCGAGACUUGUUAAGAACUGUGACGGAAUUGAUCUCGGCUACGGCAAGAGCGAGUCGGGAGACGAAGAUGCCAUUGAGCAAUUUGUUACUUGUGUUUUGCCCGAGUUUGAUGAUGAGUCCGCCGCUUUUGAGGGUGCUUUGUGAGGGGAAGGAUAUCUGGGAUGGACCGCUUGGAGAUGUGAAGAUUCCUAGUCUUUGUGAGGAGCCAGAUUCCGAGGAAGAGACAAGCGAGAAAAUGGAAGAAGAAGAGGAUCAAGAUGAGGAGAAGGCGAAGGAGGGAGAGGAGGAGAGGGGUAAUGAAGGAGAAACGGGGUUGCAUUCUCAGGGAACGAUCCGUCGUUCUCCUAGGACGUCAGAUGAAGCUACUCGCGAAAAGGUGGAAAGUGACGCAGCCGAAAAGGAGACUGAAACUACACCUACACCUCCUAUCAUACUACCAAGUCUUGUUCUUCCUCCCGAUACGUCCCCAGUGUUGAACGGAAGGACGACUGCAGCGAGCUCACAUACGAAGACGGAUUCCUCGAUUAGCGCCUCGGUUAAUCUAUCCUCUCCAGACGGUCUUUUACACUCACCUAUCUCACUCAAUACACCACCGUCUUCGAAUCCCGAAAGCCCGUCGCCUAGCACUUCUAUUCCACCCCCUCCUAGUACGGCUAUGGCGAAGCCCGGACUUGACACGGCGGGAUUGAGCACUAAGAUGUUCGCGUUGCGCGCACAGUCUGACUUACCUUCGCCACUUUCGCCGUCCGCAGCGAAGAAAGCUGUACGGAAGUCGUUAAUCGGGAACCCAGUUCCUUUCCCACUGGGUCUUGGAAUGAGCAGGAGUAGCAGUGGAGGAAGUGCACCUGUUACGCCUGUUGAGCUAACUGGGUCAGAGAGGCUGUCGUUGACUUCGCAUUCGUCGAGUAGUCCGAAUUUAGGUGUUGCUGGGGGUAGUUCUCGUGGUUCUUCUUCUGCGCCUUCGCCUUCGGGGAGUUUGUCACCCCCGCGUCUUGGGAGAAGGAAGAGUAAGGCGUCGUUAUUGGGUCUUGCGUCGAAGAGGUCUUUGUCUUCCCUCUUGGGUAGAUCACAAGCCCAACCACAACAACAAAUGGCGGAGCCGCUACCUCCGCAGAUUACGAUGAGGGAAGUGAGGGUGGAUGAGUUUGGAAUUCGAGGGUUGGAGAUAGACGAGCCGAUUAGACGGCCGUCGACGCCUUGUCCUGUGCUUGAGUUGCCUGUUGAUACGUCGAGUAUUCAGCUUGGACUUGGACUUGAUCUUACGGACGAGCCGGAAUCACUAUCACAAUCGCAAUCGCAAUUCGAUGGCCAAGCUCAUCCUUACAGUCAACCGCAGACCAAGAACAACGAAGCGGCCGCGCCGAGCAGGCCAAGAGUCCCCUCUCCCUCUCCUUCUCCUCUAUCCUCUUCGCCCCACCCGGCAGCCAUAGACCGCGCCGAGUCUUCUUCAUCUGCAGUCACGACGAACUCGAAUAUCUCAAACACGCAUUCGGAGUUUUAUUAUACGCCACCGACUUCGGCACGUGCGCUUGCUCCUGUGGCGCAUUCGCUUUCUGUUGCGUCGAGUGUGAGUGAGGGAAGUAGUUCGGGGUCUUAUAGUUUCUUGGAUUUCAGUUUCGGCAAUGGUGGUGCUAGUAGUGUUGGAGAAGGAGGAGAUGGAGUGGAGGAUUGGGUUGGGAGUGUGUUGAAGGCUGCUGGUGGCAGCUAG